GAAACCCUGAGGUCUGUCGGUAAAUCCCACUUGGUGACCCGCUUUUCGUACCCCGGCGCCGGCCACCUGAUCGAGCCGCCUUAUGCACCAAACGUUCGAGAAUCCAUGUGGACCUACAAACCCAACAAACUGUUCAUCUCGUGGGGGGGGCACCAAGCGCCUCACGCUGCUGCUCAGGAAGAUGCCUGGAAAAAGAUCCUGGAUUUUAUGGACGACAACCUCAGGCAUGGCUGAUCUUCUGAGACUGCUGCUCCGGGUGUCAGAGAAGGCUGCGAACGUGGCUCGGGUCUGCAGACAGGAGGCCCUCCUUUUCCAGCUCCUCGUGCAGGAGAAGACGGGAGAGGACAAGAACAAGAAGUUUGUGCAGGACUUCAAGACCCUGGCAGAUGUGGUGAUCCAGGAGAUGAUCCGGCACGACGUGGGCGCUCAGUUCCCUGAAAUGGCAGGUUUCAUCCACGGAGAGGAGUCCAACAAGUUUGAAAAUGGACUUGGUGAGAGCGUGACGGUUACUGUGUGCAGCACCGAGGAGGAAACGGCGACACUGCUGGCCACGGUGUUAGACGGCGACCACACAGCCGCGUCUCUGCUGGCUCAAGCCAUCCACCAAGACCCCGAGACCAUCGACGCCAACGCCGACAGGAUGACGAUACCCCUCAGGCCGUCCGAGCUCGGCAUCUGGAUCGACCCCAUAGAUGCCACCAGUCAGUAUAUAGAGGGUCGUGAGGAGGUGCUGAAGGAGGGGCACCUGUGUCCUUCUGGUCUGCACUGUGCGCUGGUUCUGAUCGGGGUUUACCUGCGCAGCACAGGUGAACCUGUCAUGGGUGUAAUUAACCAGCCMUUCCACCACAAAGACCCAGCAGGCGGCGGGUGGAGGGGAAAGCAGUACUGGGGCGUGUCCUGCGGCGGUGUCAACGUCUGUUCGGUGUCGCGGCCCGGUGGCGGAGCAGAGGAGGACCGCGGUCCGUCUGUGGUCUUGAGCUCCAGCGAGAAGCAGGCGGUAAAGGAGGCGCUGACCUCUCUGUGCGGCCCCGACAAACUGAUGUACGCGUCCGGAGCCGGGUACAAGAUCCUGUGCGUCAUCCAGGGCCUGGCUCACGCCUACGUCCUGUCAGAGGGGAGCACCUUCAAGUGGGACUCCUGCGCCCCCCACGCUCUGCUCCGAGCCCUCGGAGGCGGCGUGGUGGACUUGACUAAGAGCCUGCAGUCGGACUGUGGAGCACAGGGCCAGGAAACAGAACUGACCUACCACCAGCCGUCCACUAAGCAUAGCGGAGCAGAGCGCUGGGCCAACCACGGUGGCCUGGUGGCGUAUCGAGACAUUUCUCAGCUCCGCAGGAUCCUCACGUCUCUGAAAGUAAAACUUACCGUCCUCAACAGAUGUGCUGAAUGUGACCUGACAGCCAGAUAAACACCACCAUCAACAUCUCUGAAGACUUGAUGUCCUCAGGCUUAUUUAGGAAGUGUAAAAUUAAAACAAUUAGCAUGGUGCCUUUUAAUGGAUGCAUAGUGUGCAUUAACACAACUAAAGGCCCUGUCAUGCUAAGAUGUCCAAAACUAUAAUGUUUUAGACAACUUUUGCCAACUUAUGAACAUUUUUUUCACUCAUCGAUUCAAUCAUAUCACUACCAUCACAGUAUGUAUACAUCCAAAGAGUUCCAGUAGAUUUUAUUAAUUCCAUUUUCAAUGUAGACAUCUUUAGAGUUGGAUAAAAUUUUCACAAGUUGUCUAAAAUGUUGGUGACAGGGCCUUUAGCCACAUGACACAUAUCCCUGAUGCUCAUGUGACACUUAAAUGAGCCGCAUCAAAGAGCAGAAACGUAAACGUUUCAACACAUUUUAAUCGUAACAGAAUAGAUAUUUUGUAAUAUAUAUUUAAUAUUUGUGCGAGUGUGAAUAUAUUCCAAGCUGAAGAUGCUACAAGUGGUAAACAAUGUGUUACAGUACAAAAAAGUAGGUUUAUUUUUGAGUAACAGAGUGCAAUGAUCCUUAAUAAUAGGUGUUUGAUGGAUUUAUUCUAAAAGUAUAAAAAAAAGUCACAAACCAGGUCAAAUAUAAUAGUGUAAGUGUUGAAGUUAGUUAUAAAUAUAUUUAAAAAAUGGGAUGUGAGAAUUUAAAUAUGCAGUUCAGAGGGCUUUCUUCUUUUAGCCUGACUUUACAAAGCAUAAAGCUACUAAAACAAUGUGGUUCUGGUCUGACCUUCUGUUUUAGUUUUUUAAGAAAAGAAUGCUCCAUGCAUUAUUUGACACUUUUUAUUAUUUUUUUUACCCAAAAUACAUCAAUCUAACCUCCCAAGACUUAAGCAGGUUGUAGCCUAAUAACUGGAAGCUGAUAAAUGAAGAUUUUAAUGUGAAAACACUGUUGCCAUAAUUAGGACAAGUGAGGAUUAAUCCUCAUUAUGCUGCAGAAAAACCGUUGUAAAUCAGAAAAGGCUGCUUGCUGCUGUUCAAGUUGGGGAGGAAAGAUCUGAAACUUCAAACUUUAUUUUGCUGCGACUCUGUCCCACAAUGUACAAACCACUUAACAACGUUACUUAUUAAAUAUUCUGACUUAUUUAAAUCUAAUGAAAACUAUGUGUCAGCAAACUUGGGUAAAAUAUAGCAUCAUCUACUUUAUUGUUCUAACUGCAUCGUUUUCAUGGUGCAGAGCAGGAAAUGUGAUGUAUGAGUGUAUUCAAGUUUUUUUAGUUUUCAGCUUUUCUUUUGUUCUUUUAUGUGAAAUAAAAAGUUAUUCUGAUGAUUUGUCUUAACGUUAGAGGCUAUGCCAAUUAAAAGUGCUCACCUCUGUAGAUGUUUUAUGGUUUUAUUGCUGUCAUAAAUUAAUGGUUAAUUUAUUUUGACCAUGGUUUAUGGUAAUAAUAAAACAUGCAAAGGGGGUGAAUGCUUUUUAUAGGGACUGUAAUAGAUGUUGAUGAGUCGUUUGUGUUGGAGAAAGAGAUGUUAAUAUUGAAGGAGCUCUGGCUGCUGGACAGCUAUGAAACUACACAAUUUAAUGUAAUUAAACAAACACAAUUACUUCAAA